GGUCGUCAAAUUCCGGCAAAGGGCCGGCUGCAAAUGCGUUCCCUGGUCCGGGGAAUAGGGCCUAUUUCACUAAAGAAUACAUGGAUAUUCUUAAGGACAUCAAGUCGACUAAGGUAUUGGAUGAAGCCAAGAAGAAGGUUGCGGGUAAUAGACGGGGAGGCGGUGUGCAAAUCCCUGGGAAUUCAGGUGAAAACCGUGUUCUGCCAGUGAAAGGUGACGAUCGGAGUGAGGAGAUGAAGGUGUGGGUCUCCUCAACGCUGGGAGAUUCUCUGAAACUGAUUACUAAGAAAUUAGAAGAAGUGGAUGCAAAGGCAAAUGUUGCGGCCGCGGAAAAAGAAGAGCUUGUGAAGCUGCGUGCUGAGAAGGCUGCACUGGAACUGGUUGUUUUGAAUAGAGGGAAGGAGUCAAGUACUGAGAAACGAAAAAGGGCGAUGGCUGCUCCUGCAGCUCCUGUCGCAGCCACACCAAAGAUGAGUGUUGCGAAGGUGCGAUCACGUGGCAGCUCAAAAUCGAGGUCGCGAAGAGUUGAAAUCUCAUCGGAUGAUGAGGUUGAAGAUGACAGCGUGAGGCAGAAUUCGGCGCCAAAAAUGGAAAAGAGCAGGGACCUCUCUGAAGUGAAGAAGCUGCUGUCUGAGCUGGUUCAAGGAAGGACAAGGACCGUGUGGUUGAAAGCCCACUCGGUUGGCGACCUUCUGCAUAACCAGAAGUCCUUUGCACAACCGCAUCAGUUCGAAUGUGCCUGUGCAGGACUUGAUUUGCCCAGAUUAAAUGGGCAUGUAGCGGUCAAGUUGAGCGAAAUUAAUAACAUUCACCCCUUCUUGUUCAAUGCAAAAAACGUUCCCUUUCCGGGUUCGAUGGAUAGCAGAAAGAUGGUGGUACGUGCAUGCAAUGAUGCGCUUGACGGGCUGCGAAGUGCGGGCCUGAUGAUGGAAGAAAUGCGUGUUGAGUGGUUGGCAAUCACUCGGAGGGGUGAAGUUAGGCAUGUUGACUGCGUUCUUAGCGAGUAUGUGACUGGUGUGGGUCGUUCGCUUGAUGGCUUGGUCCUGUCCCCGCUCGAUCGGAACACAAGUGAAACGUGGGUUGAGUGUCCGAUACUAUAUGAGACCGGGCUUCAGAAGAUGUAUCUCUGCAAUGAGAACUACGAGACGGUUUUUACUCCGCCAAAUGUGUUGCUGAGCAACUGCAAAGCGGCUUAUGAAAGUGUUGGCCUUUGUAAGUUAGCUACCUGGGACCGGCAGGGUGGGUUACAGUUUGCAUAUGUAAUAUCCAAGGAAAAGGAUAAACUAAAGAAGCGCCUGAUUGUUCCCUCGUUUGCUAGUCCUUUUCGCGAGGCAUCUGGGUUGCUCUCAACCGCGUUGAACGGAUUGAUUAGAAGGAUAAAAGUGCCGCAUUUUAACCUGCGCACGAUUGGUGAUCUCAAAGGGGAGGUGGGCAGGAUUAAUGAGUACGGUAUGAAGAUGGGACUUGAUUUUGAGGCGCGUACGUACGACAUUAAGGAAAUGUUUACGCAACUGCCACAUGAGGAGAUCAUGAUGGCAGUACAAUGGGUGGUGGAUGUGUUUCAUGAGAAGGAGGUGAAAUGGAUUCGGAUCAACAGCUGGGUGAUUCAGUUUUAAGACAAAAGCAGGGCAUUCUAAUAGGUGAAAGAGCCAG